UCCGCUGAAUGACAUGGACCGGAAUGAGCUCUCGCCCGGUUCGGAUGUUGCCAUGCCGAAGAAAGCGGCCCAUAAGAGCGCGCCUCCGUACCACUGCGCCGGGAAAAGCACCGCUAAGAGUUGCCUGGAGUCCAACUCGGAUGGUUCGAACCCGAAACCCAAUCACGUCGCCACGGAGGAGACGGAAGACGGGGAGGAGGAAUCCAAGUUUCAGCAUCCGCGACUGAGGAGAGCAGGUGGAGGAGGGAGCGCGCAUCAGAUUAAAGGAGGAGGAGGAGGAAGAGGAGGAGGAGGCGCGUCUAGGAGCUCCACUUCCACUGAUGCGCGCCCGGGUGAUGCUGCUGCUGCUGCUGCGGGUCGCCACGACACCGUCAAGGGCGGAGGAGCAGGAGGAGGCAAAGCGUCUACUGUAGUGGCCACCGUGACGGUAGAGCCCUGUAAUGCUGCCGAAGGCGACGGCAAUCCCUCAGCACCGCUUUCCAGCAUGAAAUGCAACAAGAACGGGGAGUGCAGGCGGGACUCCGGCACCGGGAGCCUCCGGUCCAUCAUGUCCAAGACGGACGGGUUUAAGCGGACCGCGUGCAAUUCAACGACCAGCGUGGACGGAACCAGCACGCAGGGGCAGGACGCCUCGAACAACCCCGGCUUCCCGGAGAAGAAGGAUUCCAAAGUGUCCUUUUCCAACGCUCCCAGCAGGAAAGCCUCGUCCUCGAUCCACGGCGCACAGCAGCCCCGGAACUCGGUGACGUUCCUCAAAUCCGAGGAUGCCGGUCAGGAGGACACCGAGACCCGGGACAGCCGGGACAGCCAGACGAGCUUCAUGCACAGGCAGUUCAGUAGCAUGUUGCAGCCCGGGGUCAAUAAAUUCUCCCUGCGCAUGUACGGGAGCCAGAAGGCGGUCGAGAAGGAGCAGGAGCGCGUGAAAUCGGCGGGAAACUGGAUCAUUCACCCCUACAGCGACUUCAGGUUCUACUGGGAUUUCACCAUGCUUCUCUUCAUGGUGGGCAACCUGAUCAUUAUCCCUGUGGGCAUCACCUUCUUCAAAGAAGACACCACCACUCCGUGGAUCAUCUUCAACGUGAUCUCCGACACCUUCUUCCUCAUGGACCUGGUGCUCAACUUCCGCACGGGCAUCAUUAUCGAGGACAACUCCGACAUCAUCCUGGACCCCAAGACCAUCAAGAAGAAGUACCUGAAGACUUGGUUUGUGGUGGACUUUGUCUCUUCCAUUCCGGUGGAUUAUAUCUUCCUGAUCGUGGAGAAGGGCAUAGACUCGGAGGUGUACAAGACGGCGCGAGCCCUGAGGAUUGUGCGCUUCACCAAGAUCCUGAGCUUGCUGAGGCUGCUGCGUCUCUCCCGGCUCAUCCGCUACAUCCACCAGUGGGAAGAGAUGACCGAAAGUCUUACUGGGUUGGACGGUUCCCUGCUGUUGGCUGCUGGCGAACAGCGGUCUUUCCAAUCGGCUUUGGCUUAG